CGAGUCAGACAGGGUGGUAUUGUGAAAUAUUUGGAAAAUUCCAAAUACGCGUGUGCUUGUGUCACUUAUUCGUACUUACGACAGUUGUCCAUCGUAUUCUUCUUCUUCGUCUCCCAAGAGAAAAGUAGCAAUUAGUAAUCAAUUCCUAAAUUUCGUGAACAAUCCAAUAUUGAUUGACUUCUCUCUGAGAAAUCUGUUGUGAUAUAGAAGCAAGAACCUCUUAUCUUUCUAUGAUUGUCUGAGAAAUGAGUAAGAAGUCAGAAGAAACAGAAGCUUCAGCUUCCAGCAUCACUAGAGGAACCAGCUUCCUUGACAAGAUAAAGAAUGUUACAUGCCUUAAUUCGUCAUCUUCAGACUCAGGAAAAGGUAGAAGCAAGUCCUCUUCUAUCAGAGUGGCCCAUGGGUUCCAUUUAGUCCAAGGAAAAUCUGGUCAUGAUAUGGAAGACUACCAUGUUGCUGAGUACAGAAAAAGAAAAAACCACGUCCUUGGAUUGUUUGCUAUCUUCGAUGGUCAUUUGGGCGAUCGCGUCCCUACUUACUUGAAAGAAAACCUUUUCAACAACAUAAUUGAAGAGCCGAGUUUCUGGAAAGACCCCAAGACAGCAAUAAGGAAUGCUUACUGCUCCACAGAUAAGUUUAUUUUAGAUAAUUCCAUGCAAUUAGGGCCGGGUGGGUCGACUGCAGUAACUGCAAUAGUCAUUGACGGCAAAGACUUAUGGGUGGCAAAUAUUGGUGACUCAAGAGCUGUUGUGUGUGAGAGGGGUUCUGCAAACCAACUUACUGUGGACCAUGAGCCACAUACUGAGCGAAGAAGGAUUGAGAAGCAAGGUGGUUUUGUGACUACUCUUCCGGGAGAUGUACCUAGAGUUAAUGGUCAACUUGCAGUUGCACGUGCUUUUGGGGAUCAAAGCCUUAAAGCACAUUUGAGUUCAGAGCCUGAUGUAAGACAUGUGCCCGUAGGCUCUACUAUUGAAUUUGUUAUAUUAGCAAGUGAUGGAUUAUGGAAGGUUAUGAAGAAUCAAGAGGCAGUAGAUUUGGUGAAACCCAUAAAAGAUCCACAAGUAGCGGCAAAGCGUCUAACAACUGAAGCACUGGCAAGAAAGAGUAAAGAUGAUAUAUCAUGCAUUGUGAUCCGUUUUGGAUGAUACCGUUUGUGGUUGUCCUUCAUGGAUUAUGUCUUGUGUGGCCUUUCAUUGUGAAGAAAGUCGUGUUUGGGGCUAAUUGAGUCUUGUAAUGUGUUUUGUUUUUCGGUUACCCAGGAAAUAGAUUUUUCACUUUAGUUAAUCCUCGUGCCACCCCUUUAUAUAGGUACAUAUACAGAAGUUCACUUGGGGUGAAGCACAGGUAAUGGGUGCAGUACUCUAGUUAUUGUGCGCAAUAUUGUUGACAUAAAUAAGAUCAGUGUAGCUUCCAUGUAACAUAUGCAAUUGCUUUUCAUAUCAUAAUUGCUAUUAUUUUUCAA